AGGAGCCACAAUUCCUGGCUUAGCAGCAGCGAAGGCGACCAGAGCGAGGAUCACAGCAGCGAUGAACUUGAACAUUUUUAGUUUGUUGGUUGGUUGGUUUACGGUUGUUGAUAAAACAAAUGUAACUGAUGCUCAAACCAGUGUCGAGCCAUGGCUUAUAUACGCAAAUUGGACUCAACCAUUUCGUAAAGACCUUGGCCAAUGUGCAUGGUGUAUUCUCUUGCCCAAUUGCUCAGGCAUUGCACGUAGCCAGUCCAAUUGGCACUUAUAUGCAUAAGUGACUUAAAUAAUUUGUAGGUUUAGCCCCGCUUGGCUCAUUAGCUGGGCCAGCACGAUGUCUGCGCCAAGGCUCUACCUAUUAGCUGGCUGGUGUAUAAAAGCCCUGGCUCAAGCAGCUAUCAUCAUCAGUUCCGUUCAACCGACAAACUAAACAACUCAAGAUGUUCAAGUCAAUCAUCCUCGCCGUCUUCGCUCUGAUUGCCUGCGCUGCAGCCAAGCCAGGAAUUGUGGCUCCACUGGCUUACUCCGCGCCCUAUGUGGCAUCGUCGUACGUGGCAUCUCCCUAUGUGGCAUCUCCAUAUGUGGCAUCGUCGUACGUGGCUUCCCCCUAUGUGGCAUCCCCGUAUCUUGCAUCGCCCUACGCUGCUGCCUACACCGCUCCUCUGUACCUCAGGAAGUAGGCAGAUAAAGACGACCCGGCAAAACACAUCUGCAAAAAUUGAAUAUGA